GAUUAGCCGUUAGCACUGUGAGCUAACCAGCCGGAGUGUGUAAUGGCGGCCUCGGUGUUGUUGGGGUCUGCGGACAACACCGGACUCAAUUUCGCGGCGGGAGGCGGCAGCAGCGGCGGUGGCACCGGGAGUGUUUUAGUCGGGAAUAAUAACGGACUGGGUCCGGCUGGUCCGGCGUCCUGGAACCGUUCUCUGGACCGGGCGCUGGACGAAGCCUCGGCCACCGGGUGCCUGAACAUCAGCGGCAGGAAGCUGAAGGAGUUCCCCCGGAGCGCCGCAAACCACGACUUGACGGACACCACCAGGGCCGACCUGUCCCGUAACCGUCUGUCGGAGCUUCCUCUGGAGGUUUGCCUGUUUGUGUCUCUGGAGAGUCUGAACCUUUACCAGAACUGUCUGAGGUCUCUGCCAGACAGUCUGCUCAACCUGCAGGCCCUCACCUACCUGAACCUCAGUCGGAACCAGCUGUCUGUCCUGCCGGUGGUCGUGUGCAGUCUUCCUCUGAAGGUUUUGAUCGCCUGCAACAACAAACUGGUUUCCCUGCCAGAAGAAGUGGGGCAACUGAGGCAGCUGACUGAGCUGGAUGUGAGCUGUAAUGAGAUCCAGACUCUGCCGUCUCAGGUGGGUCAGCUGGAGGCUCUACGAGACCUGAACAUCAGGAGGAACCACUUGGUCCGACUGCCCCCAGAGCUGGCAGAUCUCCCUCUGGUGCGUCUGGAUUUCUCCUGUAACAAAGUGACCUCCAUCCCCGUCUGUUACCGCCAGCUCAAACAGCUGCAGACCAUCGUCCUCGACAACAACCCUUUGCAGACUCCACCUGCACAGAUCUGUAUUAAAGGGAAGAUCCACAUAUUCAAGUAUCUGAACUUGGAGGCCAGUAAGACGACCCCUGACCUCCCAGACUACGACAGACGACCUCUGACCUUCAGCUCCUGUGUGGAUGAGCUGUACCCCGGGCGUCCGUACGGAGCGCUGGAUUCUGGUUUCAACAGUGUCGACAGCGGAGACAAGAGGUGGUCGGGGAACGAGCCUACAGAGGAGCUGUCCGAGCUGCCGCAGAAGGUGGCCGAGAUCAGCAGAGACCAGAGACCGAGAGGAGGAGGAGGAGGAGGAGCGCCUCUGCUGGCUAACGGCACAUAUGUGGAGCUGGAGCAGAUAGACUUCAUAGACAGCAGUGUGGGGGAGGAGGAGGAGGAGGAGGGGAGGAGCGGAGGAGGAGGAGGGCGGGACAGUGCCAGCCUGAGCUCUCAGUUCAUGGCCUACAUCGAGAGACGCAUCACCAGAGAGGGUUCCCCAGGAAAAACCACCCUGACCCGGACAGAAGACCCGAGGAGACACAACAGGAGUGUGGUGGACGGGGUCGCAGCACCCUCCGGCUCCCAGAGCCAGAGAGGCGGAGGUGUGGAGAGAAUGAGGAGGGAAGCUCAGCUCGCCGCUCUGAGGUACGACGAGGAGAGGCAGCGCAAUCGUUCUCUGCAGAGAGACUCUGCGUCCAGCUACAGCAAGCACAAAGCAGCUCAGAGUCCCUCCAAGUCCAGUCCAGAUAGUGAGACCAUCUAUCCCUCCAGACGCUCCACCCACACAGAUGACUCCGCCCUCUUCAUGGGGGAGGACAGAGCUGCCCUGUCUCCUACAGCCAAUCAGUCGCCCUCUUACCCCAGCCCAGGGGGCGCGGCCUCCUGUCGGACGGCCAGUCUGAGACCAGAGAGCUUCCUGUUCCGUCUCGGGCAGAAAGAAGAGAAGCGGAAAGCUGAUGCUGCUGCUCCUCAGAGCCAGGAGGAGGCUCCUGCUGCUCCUCCUCUGGUUGGAGAAGACGCUGAGCUGGUGGAGCAGCUCCGAAAGAAUAUCGAGGCUCGCCUGAAGGUGUCGUUGCCCAGCGACCUGGGAGCAGCUCUGACGGACGGGGUGGUGCUCUGUCACCUGGCCAAUCACGUGAGACCACGAUCCGUCCCCAGCAUCCACGUCCCCUCCCCCGCCGUGCCCAAACUCACCAUGGCCAAGUGUCGACGAAACGUUGAGAACUUCCUCGAGGCGUGUCGAAGGAUCGGCGUUCCACAGAGUCAGUUGUGUCUUCCUCUGCACAUCCUGGAGGAGCGAGGGCUCCCCCAGGUGGCCGGGACCGUCGGCGCCCUGCUGGAGCUGGCCCCGCCCCGACACCCCGUCACCCCGACGACGCCGACCAUCACCAUGUAGACGACGCGCUCAGUCGGCGUCCUGUAACGCUGCUGUCAGUGUGUUUUUAAAGUGUUCAGGAUCUGAUGGAGAGACUCAGCGACAGGUUUAACUUUUAACGAGGUCACCAGGUGAUCCCUCCUGAUGAGUGGACAGGUAACGCCGCAGAGAAGCAGGAUAUCUACUGCAGGGGAGCAGCCAUCCUGGAUCUGCGUGCAGACAGAGGAAACAUUCACGUUCCCUCCUGAUUCGUCUCUUUGGCUAAAUUUACGUUCACGCGUCUCUAAAUCGAAUCAGGGAUCGCAUCUUUAAAAUCCGUGUCUGUAAAGGAUCAGAUCCUUCAGAGCCCUUCAGAUCUCAGAGAAUCAUUCAGGCUUAUUAGCAUCAUGGGUCGACGCAGUUUUGACAUGAAGCUAACUUAGCAAAAUGCUAACGUUAGCUUCUGGUGUCGUUGGAUUGAAAAUGAGCCUGUUAUUAUUUUCACCUUUUUGUUUUUCUACACUAGUGAUGGUUCAGAUCAUCAGCUUAUUGACCUUGGAUUUAUUUAUGGAUCUAUUAAACAUCCAGAGGAAAACGUGUCACAGCAACGACGACGUCCAAAGAUAUUUACAGGAAACUGAUCGAUAACGUCUGUAAAAUCCUAAUUAUGUCAGGAAAACGCAGUGACAUGUUUUAUAACCUCUUGCUUUUAGUAACUGUUGGUUUGGAAAUCAAGUUAACGUAGCUAAAUGCUAAUGUUACUUUAAACUGAAAGUUUUAUACAUUACGCUGCUAAUUGCUAACAACAGCUAACGAAAAUGUGCAGCAGAUUUUUUUUAAUGACACUCACGUAGCUCACAGCUACCAUUAGCUAAUAUUCAACCAUGUGGUUUUGGGGUUGAAGCUAAUAUAGGUCGAUGCCAAUGUUGGCUAACAUCGAUAAAGUCUAUUUAACCCCAACAGUAAAAAAAUUAUCACUGAUAAUUGUAGCUAACAUUAUAAACUUAAUUGGGUUUAAGUUGAGUUUACAUCCCGCAGCUAAUUAGCGAACAAUCUAGCUGGAUUGUUACAUUAGCUAAUAUAAAUUUACUCAGUUUAGCUAAGAAGCUGAUGUAGCUUCAUGCUAACAUUAGUUUGAUGUGGGCAGAGAUUACAUCAACGCUGAAACGUGCUAACAGGUGUUAGCAUAAGUGCACUGUAGUUGGUCUGAAAAUGCUAAUUGUAGCAUCGUCAUUAUGAACCCGGUAGGCUUGGAUUUUAAGCUAACACCGCUAGCUGUAAAGCUAAACAUGCUAGUUUUCGACUUGGCGCUGAUGUAGCUCAGUGCUAACUUUAGCUAACGUCUCUCCAUCAGAUCCAAACAACUUAAAUUAUCCUCUGAGUUCUGGCUCGCCGUCAUGUGAUGCACACAAGUCUUUCAGCCCUGAACUCCGCCUCAGAGGCUCUUCACUGUCGCACAGCUGGCAGACAGACGCCACCACCUUUCUGUACACAGGAGCCGGCACACGGACACCGGUGGACGGACGCCAUCUCCUCGCUGUAUACAGGAUUGUUUUUAUUUUUCACAAAGUUUGUUGUUCUGAUGUUUUUAUUCUUGUUGUCCGUCACCGCCUGAUCGAUCCUCCACACCGGGCCUUCGUCGCGCUAACCUGCUGCACUCCUCACAUUCACCAUCUGGCCAAAAGUAUGUGGAAACUUGCUGCUACAGCAUUCAGCGAUCUGAACCAGCAGCUCUCAACCUGGGGGUCGUGACCCCUCCACAAGGCGGUCCGAGAACUUAUAGUUGGACUUUUCUAAUAAUAAUAAUAAUAAUCAGAAUGAUGAUAAAACUUGAUCAAACACAGCAGCUCUGUUACAGAGAACGAAGGCCCUCGUGUGAUUGGAGGACGACGAUCAGGUGGUGUUUCUGUUGCAUUCUGGGACUUUUCUCUGGUGACGAGGUGAAUCCUCCUGAUCUGACACUAAACGCUGCGGCUCGUUCUGCAGUUUUAUUAAAUGUUUGUGUACAAAUAUAUUCUGUAAAUAUAUAUAAAUAUAUAUAUAUAUAUGAGGCUGAAACCUGUGUGUUGUCAUGACGACGCAGAGCAUCAUAGACGCUCGGACAGACGCGGCGCCUAAUUAAAGGUCAAAGGACGAGAUUUUUGUAAAGAAUAUGAAACAGAACACGUGGCGGGGGGGGCGGAGCUUCCCCCUGAAUAUACCUGUUGCCAUAGCGUUAAAGAGAUCAAUCAUGUUUAUCUGAGGUUACCGCUGAGCUGCUGCUGACGGGACGGAGGGAGGCGUGUUCACUGUGGGCUCGUGUUGCAUUCAGGUGACGUAGGACACUGAGUUUGACCUUCGGUUUGUUCCUGUUUCACCUGAACGCAGCGUCACCCCUUCAGUUUAAAACUAAAAACACUGGGCCCUGAGUUCACAAAGUUUGUGUGAGUCUCCACCAGUCAGACUCCCACAGGUGAUCUCACCUGUGGGAGUCUCAAACCUGGUUCAGCUCUCUGGGGUUUGUUUGGUGCCUGUGAGGCCGAGCUCAGGGCCCAGUUGUUCACUUCAGCUACUGUGAUUGACAGGUGGUCUGGACUGAUGGACGAUGUGGUUCAUGUUUGUACAGAGGUGUUUCUUCUUGGUGUGUUCCUCCUGAGGCGGUGACGGGUCACAUGACCGCGGGGUCACGUGGGUUUAAAGGACAUUCCACUGUCCCGGAGGACAGAUGGGCUGUCUCACGGUUUUUAAGUUUUACAAUUUUUCACUUUGUUUUUGCUGAAACUGUAUAAAGAUGUGAACGCUGUAAGAAGUUAACUUUAAGUUCAUUAAAAAUAUUUUAAUUUGA